GGGAUGUCAUUCACAGUUUGAACAUUGCCCGCUCCGGUCGCGUUUUAAAAAUAUCAUUAUUAUUAUUACAGUGCCAUUAAUCCGAUAUAAUCAACUAAUAAUAGGUAUCUCGUAGCACAACAACGUAGCGGCAGUCUACGAGUUUUGUGCGCGUACGCAGUGCGAGUAGAUCAUUUGUGUUCGAAUCGAGAUACGCGAAGAUGGCAACCAAAAACGUCCAAAAUGUAGAAAGCGGCAAUGCGAACCCCGCGCCUGAACCCGAGGCGCAAGCUACAAAGGCUGCACGCCUACCUCUCGGAACCAGCUCUAUAAUCGGCUUAUCCGAUAUCACAGACAAUAAGCUGAUCUGGCGACAACUGGUCGCGGAGCUGUUGGGCACGUUCCUGCUGACAUCCAUCGGUGUGGCCUCUUGUAUCGCGAUCACUGAAUCCAAUGCACCAAUCGUCACUAGUAUUGCUCUUUGCUUCGGUCUACUCGUCGGGUCUAUUGUCCAGGGUAUAGGACAUGUGUCUGGUGGGCACAUCAAUCCGGCGGUGACCCUCGGCCUGUUUGCAGCGGGUGACAUCAAACUGUUGAAAGCGAUAUUCUACAUCGUAGUGCAAUGCCUUGGGGCGACAGCUGGAGCUGCGUUCAUUAGACUGGCUGUUCCAGAAGAUAGAGUUCUGUCUUUCGGAAUGACUCUACCCGGAGCGAAUGUCACUGACGCCCAGGCUCUACUUAUAGAAGCACUGAUUACCUUCGUACUGGUGCUUGUGGUGCACGGCGUGUGCGACGCGCGCCGCAACGACCUCAAAGGAUCUGCGCCUCUAGCUAUUGGACUCAGCAUCACGGCCUGCCACGCUGCUUGCAUACCUUUCUCCGGCUCUAGCAUGAACCCAGCGCGUUCAUUCGGCCCCGCCCUCGUCAUGGGCAAUUGGACUUCUCACUGGGUAUAUUGGGUGGGUCCGAUUGUCGGAGGUGUAAUCGCAGGCUUCCUUUACAAGUACGUGCUACGUAUCGGCAAGACAGGUGACAGCGGUUCAUACGAUUUAUAAGUUACAUGCGCCCGCGCAUCAACACCAUGUGCCUUAGCUGUCUCUCGCGUAACAAAUGCACUAUUGUAGCGAAUUUUUUCAUAUAAUUUAUUGUAUUCAAAUAAAUUAUCAAUAACAAGAAAGAUCUGAUUAUGCUACAAACAUUAUAAAAACACACAAUAUCAAUUUAUUUAUAUAAACUUUUGAUAUUAUUUGGGGAAUUUAUGCGAGAGAUUUCUACUUUAUAAGCUCAUUAAUAGAAACUUUUUGAAUACACUGUUAUAUAUAAUCAUAGUAUCAAGUUAUGUGUUAUUGAUGAGCUUAUAUUUUCUUUAUUUUAUAUAUAAAUAAUAAUUCCAAAGUCAAUUUUGAAACGAAAUGUCGAAAUUUAUAAUUAUAUUUUAAUGGUGAAUAUUUUGGUGCAAGUACAAAGGAAAUAUUGUUUAACGAUUUUGUUUAAACAAUAUCAUUUAUAAUUUCAUACAUAUUCCUAAUUAUAUUUAGCGCCUUUUAUUCUCCAUUAAUACAACCAUACAAAGACUCCAACGGUCGUAUAUAAGAUAAAUUAUAUUAUUUAGAUUUAUAUAAGAUAGGGAUUACAAAAGUAUUAAGUUUAUUUAUGUGAAUAUUUAAGUUAAGGAUAAUACAACGUGUUUGUAUUUGAACGUCUGUGGUUUGCAACGUGAGGACAAUAUGUCGUAUGUCAGACAUCACUCACUAAAUGUUACUUGCGAAAUAUAUACUAAUCCUAAAA